UUCUCAUCAAAAUGGCGAGGAUCACGGGAGUCGCUGUGCUGUUGGUUUCUCUUUGUGCUGGGGCAUGGAGUUUGAGAUUGGAGCCGAAGCCAUUCUGGAUUCCAGGCAGCGAUGCUUCAUACAAUGUGACUGGGACCAUCCGUCUGCCCUAUGCAGAAAUUGUGGAGCCGUUUACGGUCCUUUAUGAUGGACCAAAUGGACGUGGCCGUGUGGACUACUACAAUGGAAUACAAAGGGUCAUUUCCAAAGUGAAGACACCAGAGUUGCCCUAUGGUGUGACCCUUAAGAUCAUCCCUUUCUCCACACAAAAGGUGUUGAACAAGAUCAGCUGCUUUUCCGCCAAUGGCUCGCAAGAAAUGCCAACAGAGCUCACUGUGAUCUUUCCCGAUACCACUGAUUUCAAGUACGUUGGAAAGGGGGCUGUGAGAGGUUUACCAUGCAAAAUGUACCAGAAAGUUGUCACUGUGGGCAAAAAGAAAAGCACUUACACGAUGGCAGUCACCGAUGAUGCCGCUUCUCUGCCUGUCCGUUAUGAGAUGAUGGGUUACGACUCUCUCCUGGGCUCUCACUACGACAAGUACUACGUGGACUACCUCGAGUUUCAUGAUCACGUCACAUUCUCCGAUGCGGACUUUGAGGUUCCCCCAAGUAUGAAAUGUGGACCCUACCCAGGCCCAGGCAUGAAGGCCAAGAAGAUUCUACUGGAUCCGAUCCGUGAGUUUAUUCAUCAUCAGGAGGACCACAUGCACGAGGAGUUUGAGAUCUUCAAGAAAGUCCACGGCAAAACCUAUGAUGAUGCCGAGCAUGAAUCUCGCAAGCACAUCUUCAGACAGAAUCUGAGGUACAUCAGUUCCAAGAACCGUGCUGGCCUGAGCUACACCCUGGCUGUGAACCACAUGGCUGACCGAACCGAGUCGGAGAUGAAGGUCAUGCGUGGCUUCCGCUACUCCCACGGACCCCGAGGGGGCAAGACAUUCUCCAUGCUCCAGAUCCCCAGGAAUGAUGUGCCUGAUCAGUGGGACUGGAGGCUGCAAGGAGCUGUGACUCCCGUCAAGGACCAGGCCAUCUGUGGCUCUUGCUGGAGCUUUGGCACCACCGGAACCAUUGAGGGAGCCAACUUCCUCAAGACCGGCAACCUGGUGCGCCUGUCCCAACAGGAACUGGUUGACUGCGCAUGGGGCUUCGGCAACAACGGCUGCGACGGUGGUGAAGAUUUCCGCUCCUACGGGUACAUGCUGGCCAACGGAGGCUUGACCAGUGAGGAACAGUACGGGCAGUACCUGGCCAUUGAUAGUUUUUGCAAGAAGAACUCUGUGACCCCUGUGGUGCAGAUCACCAACUACACCACGUUGCCCCAGGGUGACCUGAACGCCCUCAAAGUGGCCCUCUUUAACUAUGGCCCAAUCUCCGUGGCCAUUGAUGCCUCACACAAGUCCUUCGGCUUUUACUCUGAUGGCGUUUACUAUGACCCAGCAUGCAAGAGUGACCCUGACAGCCUUGACCACGCUGUCCUGGCCGUGGGCUACGGCGUCAUGGACAACCAGGCCUACUGGCUGGUCAAGAACUCAUGGUCAACCCACUGGGGAAACGACGGCUACGUUCUCAUGUCGCAGAAGAACAACAAUUGCGGCGUGGCCACUGACGCCACCUAUGUCGACAUUAAGUAGAUUGUCGAUUGAUUGAAGCUCUUGGGUCGGCGACACUUGUCUGUCAGCAAAAUUGCUUUGAAUCAGCUUGCUGUAGUUUGUUCAAAUUGCUGCAGCUAAGAUAAUCAGGUGGCAUUACUUUUUAUUUAAUUUCUCAGGGUGCCUUAAUAAAUUUGGAAUGUUAAUUGCUUGAAAAGGUUUUUCCUAUUUUUGUUUGAAAAACAUCUUUGCAAUAAUUCUUUUUCUCUUUUGAUCCAGUAAGUUUUUGAGAGAAGUCAGGUUUUUAGUUUUCAUAGUAGUGGCACGAUGAAUUGUCAUUUUAGUGUGAGGAAUAGGAACAGGGUAUGUUCAGAAAGAUGAAAUGGCAUAGGUCACAAUUGUGUCAUCUGAGGAGACUGACCCAAGAGUUACGGUUAAGUCUUUCAUAAUGAUAUCUUUAUUUAGCUUGACUCUGGUGUUUUCCCUCUACCUGAUUUAUGCACAAUAUAUAUGUUUGAGUGUGUGUGUGUGUGUGUGUGUCUGAUUGUUUUUUUUGUUUGUUUUUUUUAUUUUUGUUGUUGUUUUGUCUGAUUUGAAAGAUCACAUAAAGAAGAAAUAUAUGCCAACCUCUGAUGCCUCUUAUGCUUUAAGAGUUUUAUUGUUCCUUUGGUUAAUCCAAUUCUGUGUACAGCGAAUCUAUAUAUACUUUUCUAUUACUGUGUCUGCUCUCUUUCUGUCUCAAUCAUUCCAUGACCUGUGCAUCUGAGGUUUCUAUAAAAUGUUUCUGCAAUUAGCACAAAGUUUAAUGAAAUAACGUAGCAGGAUGGCAGUAUCAUAGUAUGAUGAUGUUUCCAAAGUUCUGUACUUGUCAUGUAUGUAAGAGCAAUAAGUAAGUAAACUUAAGGCCCCUGCAACUUUGCACUUUAGAGCAAAAAAUUAGUUUGGUAACUAAUGAUCCAAUGGUGACUCAAGUUCAUCCCAGAUGUUGUACAAUAGGUCCGACAUGUGUGAAUGGGGGCCCGAUUUUACUUAUACCAGAGACUGUUACUGUUGUAUUUUCUUCAUUUGAAAGCAAAGAGAGUUUAUAGAGUACCACAUUUAGAGAAUUCAUGUCAGAGAAAAAUCCGUCACAGUAUUCACAUAAUUUUCGUUAUGCUCGGUAAGUGUUGAUUUAACCCUUGGCAGCCAGAUGCAGUAGUAUUUAUUAUAGUGUUUUAAUUUUAUAGAACAACUUUAUACAGUAUCGAGUGUAGCAGUGAAAGGGUUCAUCAUGUCUGUUUGGAAAAGGAGUCAUUAUAUCACACCAAUUGUGCCAUCAAGCAAUUUUUGCUCAUUUUUCAACAAACUGAGGGAUUAUAAAAGUUCAGUUUGAGCUGGCAGUAUGGUUGACCCAACAGGUUUGUUUGAAGUUUGUUGCUGCCAGCAGUGUGCAUGGGCUGGUCUUACUUUGUCAGUUGUCUACAUUGAAAAUAAAUGUUUCCUACCUUUCAUAA